CCUCCAUCUCCUGGCUUCGCUCCACCACUACCGUCAGACAGUCGUCGAUCACUCCGUUUCUACUCAUGGCCUCUAAUUCGCUUGCCUACCUCGAUGUGUGUAUAGGCGACCAGGACGCGUGUGCUCUCGCAGAAGCCGAGUAUUCAGCUACAUCUGCCUUGUUGUCUAAGAAUGCACACAUCUACGGGCUUCCUUCAACGCCCGCCGAGUUGUCAGAAGAGCAGCGCGAUAUUCUGAGGGAGCUCGAUGUAUGUUGCCAUCGUAGUUCACAUAAGGCCUCUCUGACGAGGAGAGUCGACAGAGUUCGAGGCAAAUGCGCUUCGAACCUCCGCCGCCGCUGCUCGUAGGCCGGCUGGUCUUCCAUCUCGAUUCAUCUCCAGGGCUCGCGAAGACGAGAGGAAACUUCAUCGCGCUAUGCACAGGGGAGAAAGGGAUGUGCAAAAAUGCACCGAAGAAAAAGUUGCACUACCUCGAUUGCCCGAUCCACCGGAUCGUCAAAGGCUUUGUGGCGCAAGGCGGAGAUGUCACCAGAGGAGAUGGUAGCGGUGGAGAGUCAACCUAUGGUGGGAAGUUUAAUGACGAGAAGGAGGGCCUCAAGAGAAAGCUCACCCGUGGAUCACUUGCUAUGGCCAACUCCGGGAAGAACACCAACUCGUCGCAAUUCUUCGUUGUGCUCACCGAAGACGAAACAAAGCUGGUGAAGAUGCAUGGGAAGUAUGUCGUCUUUGGCAUGCUCAAGGAGGGCUUCGAGAUCUUGUCUCGACUAGAUGGCGUUGGAAGCGCAGACGGCAAGCCUUGUAAGAGCGUAUGGAUUGGAGGAUGUGGAUUGUGUUGAGACAUGCUAGGGGGAU